AAUUAUUUUUAUUUUAGAUCCUUUGAUAUUGCAAUUUUUAAAAAAAAAUUUUCAAAAAAUGGGAGGCAAACCGAAAAGAGGGAGGAAUUUUCUUCAACCACAGACCGGAGAUAACAAAGAAAAUGCUCAAGGUACAAAGUCUCAACAGAACGUGACAAACAAAACUGAUGACUCGAGGGCAAAAGAAUCACAGUCACUUCCAGAUGCAAAAAAUUUUUCUUCUGAUAAGGCUGAGGGAAAAGAAAAUUUUGAUGGACAAGGCAAUUCAUCUAGACCUUCAAAUUUGCAGCAUUUGCUGAAAAUUGUUUCUUCUAAGAUCACAAAUGUUUAUGGUGAUAGGCAGAAUGUGCAGGAAAAAGUUGUUGAUUCAAACAAGGACAAACUUUCUCAAAAACAAUCAAAGCCUACUAUAGCGUUGGAUUCAAAUAACAAGUUUCAAAAUGAGAAAGGAAAGAAGAAUUCAGUCAGCCAAUCCAAUUCAUCCUCGCCAUUCUCAGCUUCAAAUUCGUCUAAUGCUUCGACGCCAUCAAGCAGAGUUUCUAUUGACGAAUCGGAAUAUAUUCAAUUAAAAAAGGAGGAGUUGAAAAAUAUUGAAUUAAAAGAUUUGCUUGCCAAAAUUUUUGCUGAAGAAAAAAAGUUUUCUGAAGUAGAAAAGAAGGCUGAGGAAUUUGAUCAUAUAAUAAAAACGUUUGAGGUUUCUCUUGAAAGAUCGCUUAAUAUUGAAAGGAAAUUAAAAAAUUUCCGUGAUUUUCUUGCUUCUCAAAACCCUUCUGUGUUGGAUAAAAUAAAGAGAAAGUCUGCUUAUGAUGCUGAUUUUUAUUUUGAACUAUUGAAUCAGCAUUUUGUGUUUUAUGAAUAUACUGAGAAUGGAUUUGAAAAAGUGAAAUAUUUGCCUAUGGACUUGAUGAAAAAGGCUCGUGAAUGUAAGGCGAAUUUGGAAAUAAAUCAAUGCAUCGAAAAGCUGUGGGGUGGAUUCGCAUGUUGCGUUAAAAGAUACUUUGCAAAAAAUUUUUUUAUUGAUGUGAAAUCACAAUGUGCCAUCAUUGUGCUUAGUAAAAUCUUAAUUGAAUGUUCUGGAGGGUUGUUGGAUGAAUAUCUCCUUUUUAAAGCAAAAUCUAAACAUAUAGCAGACUUCGAUGAAAUAUCCUUUUGUAUUGAGGAAGUGGAGGAAUUUAUUCAAAUAGUUGAACAAAUUGAUCCAAAUGAAGUCGAACAAAAACUGGGGAAUUAUAAAACGGAAAAGGUGAUUUUGAAUAGAGGAAGUUGGGGUUGCAUGAAAAUAUUCGAGUAUAAGCAUGAUGGUGCUAUAUUUUGCUACGACUUCAAGUUUAAAUACACUGCAUCAAAAUUAAAGGAAGAAGACUACAAAGAAUUGGGAAAUAAAAAUAUUAUUUUAGAUUUUUAA